UAUUAAUUUACGUUUAUAAUUCUAUUAUAUAUUAUAUUGCGAGAAGUGACAAGUUGGAAGAAAUGGAGGUGUGGUCAUAUAACUUGAAUUGAGGACUCGUUCACAAAUUGAUCUUCCCUAGGGCUCUUGCCUGCGUGCAGUACAGCUAUACACCGAAUAUUAGCGACACAAAUGUUUUUAUAAUUUAUUAACAACCAAGUGGUUAGGUUAUGCAUUUUUUAAAUAAAUCGAGCUUAACCUAGGCUGCUAAAAUGAGCAACUGGGCAAGGAGGAUGCACCGGCGGGCUGCCACUUUGAGCAAUGUGGUCACAUCCUGCGGGCACCCGAAUACCCUGCCCUAUCCGCGGCGGCUAGAAAAAGUGAAGUUUGGAGUACCUUUGCACGAAGUUUGUAAAGACGACAUACCUGGGCCUCUACUCGUGCUGAUUUUAAAGUUGAACAAGGAGGCACCUCUGCGGCGCGACGUAUUUCGCGCGCCAGGACACCAGGGUGCUAUGAAGAAGCUAAUUCACUUCCUGCAAACGGGCCGACUAGUGAAUGUAGACAAUUACUCCGUGUAUACCAUUGCUAGUGUACUCAAGAAGUUUUUGAGGAAAAUACCGGGAGGUGUGUUUGGACGCGACGGGGAGAUGAAUCUUUUCACUGCAGUUGAGUUGCCUGAAGAGCAGCAAGUCCAUGAAAUAAGAAGACUGCUUCUGUCCUUACCAGUGUGCACGCAAAGGCUGCUAGUGCUACUGUUCGGCACGUUUCGGGUGAUGGCGUCAAAUGCUGACAAAGCUGGUACCGGCAUGACAUCCGAAGCGCUCGGUGUGUCCGUUGCCCCGUCAUUCUUCCACUCUUGCGUGUCGGAUGGCAAAACCGCCACCAUGGAGGACGUUCAAAGGUUCAAGGUGGCGACCCGCAUAAUGCGUCAGCUGAUCGAGCAGUUCUCGGCGGGCGAUCUGUUCGGGCGCGACAACUACGAAUACUACGCGCGGGUCACGGGCCGUAUCCUUCGAGUUAAGGACGAGUGGAUAUGCUCGUUCAGGGACCCGCCGCCGCCGAGACACCGCAUCGAUCAGGAGGCCUACGCUAGACAAUUAUCACUGGAAGCGGAGAAGACGUGGUUGCAAUGCGAAUGCGAUCGUUGGGGCAAUAAAUUUAAUUUAGAAGGUUUAACAAAGUCUGAAGAGUGCCAGUCCAUGCCCGCGCUGAUGGGCGUCGUGGGCGGCAGCGCGGCCGGCGGCGUGCUCGGGCUCGGCAUCAUACCCGAGCACUCGCUGCUCGACUCCUGCACCAGGCUGUCCAUCUCGCUCGAGGAGAGCGUGUUCAAGGUGUCGGUGAGUUCGUCGUCGCAGUCGUCGCGCAGCAACUCCAGCCCGCACAUGACGCUGGACGAGCUCCGAGCCAUCAACAAGUACGCGGAGAGCACCAAGAGCCUCUCCUAUCUCCCCCAGGUCCACGAGCGGCAGCGGGCGCGCAUGCGCACACGCUCCGAGUGGUUCCUGCAGCCCGCGGCCUCGCUGGACGCGCCGCGCGCGCGCGCCGGUGGCGAACGUCGCAGUUCGCGGCGGCGGUCCCGGCGCGCUCGUCUGUGCGCGGGCGGCGCCGCGUGCCGCGCGCUCACGCACGCCGACACUGAGGUCCCGCUCGCUCUCCAGCCUCGUAAAAUAACCGCCUGACGCGAAAUCAAGGUCGACAUCACCUACCUAGGAGUGCCUACACCGAAGCGCGCCACGGAACCUGAUCUGAGGCUUCUUGUUAGUUAUUUAAGUCUUCGGCCUCGCAGUGAUCGUCUAUCGCUUCCUUAAAUACACCACACCAUCUGCGGUUAGUCGUCUGAUACUGAGAUUCCGCUCGCUCUCCAGCCUCGUAAAAUAACC